GUGUGUCCGCUCGACGUGCCCUCUUCUCAUACGCCCCCUCACAAAAACGCCGUACAGACGCGAAAAACUACCCUCGCAAUAGUUUUCCUCUGAGUGCAGUGCGGGUUGUCUAGCCCAAAGGAGAAGAGCGAAAAAAGGACCACCGGGUGACCAUGUCGUCUGCCGACAGACGACGAGCAUGCUGGCGGUUUGUGUGCCGGUUGUUAAGUUUGUUGUUCGUCUUGUCGGCGUCCGUCGGCUCCGUGCACGGCACCGACUUGAAUGUCUUCCCCUUCGUGCAAUAUGUAUCACACCCUGUGCACAUCACCGUGCGGCCUCGCAAUCAGCAGGUGAAAGCGGGUGGCGUCGCCUCAUUGCUAUGCAGAGCGGAGGGCGAUCCGGCGCCGCAGGUCAUGUGGCGGAAAAACAACAAGCGGCUGGUCGGGCCCCUGCCGGCCAGGUACCAGGUCAUCGAGUUCCCGCCGCCAGGCGGAGGAGCCCUCCUCAGAAUCGAGCCCGUCCGCGCCGGCAGGGACGAGGCCACCUACGAGUGCGUCGCCAUGAACGACGUCGGCGACGCCGUCACCGCCGAAGCUGUCCUCUCCGUCUACGAAUUUGAAAAAGCGCCCGACGGCUUUCCGAGAAUCAUCCAAGCGCCGACAACUAAGGUCGUGGAAGUCGGACACACGGCGGUGCUGCAGUGCGAGGUCGGUGGUGACCCUGAACCCAGGGUCUACUGGAUGAAGGAUUUCGUUCCCAUUGACAUGGCCGAUCAAAGGUUCACCAUUUUGCCGCAAGGAAGCCUCCAGGUGAGCAACAGCCAAGAAGCGGACCAAGGAAAGUAUGAAUGUGUUGCAGAAAAUGAACAGGGCACUGAAUAUUCACAUGCCAUCAUGCUUUACGUCAAAGUUCGCCGAGUGCCUCCCCAAUUCACAAUUCCGCCACCGUCGGUUCUCGAAGUCCUUCUUGGGGGUAGUUUGAACAUCACGUGCGUAGCCGUGGGUUCGCCGAUGCCGUCGGUUCAGUGGCGGAAAACAAACAGUCCGGACGUUUUCAUCACCGGCCCUUCCAGUCUCGCCACAACCUCGACCACCCCUGCUCAAGAGCUGUCCUUUCAAGGAGGUGAGGACAGGUCGCCGUUGCCCAUAGGUAGGAGCAUCCUUGAACUGGAAGACGUCAGGGAGACGGACAAUUACACAUGCGUGGCCAAGAGUCCAUUGGCGACGAUCGAAUCAACAACGACGGUGAAAGUUUUAUCUCUGCCAGUGGCGCCAGUGUCACUAAUGAUUUCGGAAAUCGGUGCCACCUCGGCCAGACUGAGCUGGUCGUACCCGAAAGAAGAGGACCCGCAGUUCUUCGUCUUGCAAUACAAACCGCGAACCGCAACCAAUCAGGCGUACUCGGAAAUUAGCGGCAUCAUCACCAGGUUCUACACCGUGCGUGGCCUUUCGCCCUUCACCGAGUAUGAGUUUCACGUCUCGGCUUUCAACAAUAUCGGCCGUGGACCGACGAGCAAACCAGUAACGGCAACCACAGGCGAAACAGUCGAUUCACUCCAGGGCAACGCAAAAGGCGGUUCGGUGCCGAAGAACGUGCAGGUCCGGCCGCUCAGCUCGAGCACAAUGGUCAUUCAGUGGGAAGAGCCCGAAACGCCGAACGGCCAAAUAACAGGCUAUAAAGUUUAUUACACCGAAUCGCCGAAUUUGCCUUUGAGCCAGUGGCGCUCGCAGGUGGUGGAUAACAACCAGCUGACCACCAUUAGCGAACUCACCCCUCACAGCAUUUAUACCAUCAGAGUGCAGACCCUAACUAACGUUGGCCCGGGACCUUUGUCGUCGGCUGUGCUCGUCAAAACUCAGCAAGGAGUUCCGUCGCAGCCGACAAAUCUCGACGCCAGCGAAAUAGGUGAAAAUUCUGUCAAGCUGCAAUGGGGUCGACCUGUCAUCGCCGGCGAACACCUCACUGCCUACGAUCUGUACUGGAACGACACAUACACAAAGGAACGGCAUCAUAGACGCCUUCCAAUUUCCGACAGUUAUGAGCUGACCGGCUUGGUUCCUGACACGGUAUAUCAUGUCUCAUUGGCAGCAAGGUCUCAAAGGGGUGAAGGGGCGACUACCAGCCCGUUGGUUGUGAAAACGCCACCCUACGCUGUAGUGACAGCCGCCGCGGUCAACCUGAGCGUCGUGAACGCCGAGGCGCGGAAGCUGCAUCUGUCAUGGGGCGCCGCGGCGUCGCCGCCGGGCGUUGUCUACCGCGUGGUGGCCCGCGAGGAGGACUCGGCGGCCACCGAGGUUGUCACGCACACCAGCGGCAAGGAGGCGGUGCUGCAGGGGUUGAGUCCAGGUACGACGUACCUCAUUUCCGUCACGGCCACCCUCAAGGGCAGGGUGGGAAAGGCGUCCGAGCCGAUCAAGGCCACCACCUUCGACGACACGUACCAGUCAGGCGAGUUCUACAUGCCAGGACCUCCGCAGGGCGUCAAGGUGUUGCCAGUGAACAUUUCUUGUCUGCAAGUUUGGUGGCGGCCGCCGCUGGACACGGAGCGGCGGGAGUUGAUCAAGGCUUACAAGAUUACCGUCAAAGAAGUGCUUCCUGAGGGACAAGAAAAUCUUUUCCUCGAGCCGGUGGUGUUUGAAGUGCCGAGCUUAAAGUUGGAACUGACCUCGGGGGGUGGCGAACUCAACGUGACGGGGCUGCAGCCCAACACCGAGUACGCCGUGCAGGUGUCGGCGCUGACGAGGCGCGGCGAGGGUGAAAAGAGCAAGGCGGUGAUGGGCACCACUCCCGGCGGGGUGCCCAACAAACCCACGCUUGAGAUAAGGUUGCUGGACGAGGGCGAAGGGGUUGGCGUCGGCGUCGAGCUCGAGUGGUCAAAGCCGAGCAACCCUCACGGCGAACUGCUCGGCUACAGACUGCGGUACGGCGCCCGCCAGGACGAUCAACACGAAGGAGGUCAACCGCUGCUUUACACCGAGGAGGAUAUUGUUGGCGCGCACACCUUGCAGCACCGGGUCCAGGGAUUAGAGCACGGAACCUUAUUUGAAUUUCGUCUGGCCGGCGUUACCGCUGCGGGUGCAGGUCAAGAGGCGGUGGUGCGUCUUCCAACGCCCGAAGGCGCUCCGGCCGGUCCGCCGACGAACUUGAGCGUCGAGUUCCAGACGCCGGACGUGGUCGCCUUGAUGUGGUUCCCUCCGGUGGCGAACCUGCGUCGCGGCAGGGUGCUCAGGUACACGGCGCAGCUGUACAAAGUGGAGGACCACUCGGCGCCGGUCGGUGAACGCAACGUGACCGUGCCAAAGGCCGUGUUCGUUGGUCUCGAGGAAAACACCGAGUACUCGUUCCACGUGCGGGCCUUCACCAUCAGGGGCGCGGGCCCGCCCAGCGACAGGUUGAUCGUCAAGACGGACAGGGACGCGGUGAGGGCCCCGCUGGCGGUCAGUGCCCUCGCCACCUCCGACGCCAGCGUUGAAGUGUGGUGGGAACCUGUGCCCAGCAGGAACAAGGUCAUUGGAUACCAGGUUUUUUACACAAUGACGGCGGUGGAGGACCUGGACGAGUGGCAGCACAAAUCGGUGCCAGUCACCGAAUCUGCCGAGCUGACGAACCUGGAAAAGUUCGCGCAGUACGCCGUGGCUGUGGCUGCCAGAACGCGAACCGGGCUCGGCAAGUUGUCUGAGAAAGUGACAGUCAAAGUGAAACCAGAAGACGUGCCGCUGAAUUUACGUGCUCACGACGUCAGUACGCACAGCAUGACGCUCUCGUGGUCGCCACCUAUCAGACUCAACCCGCAGAGUUACAAGGUUUCGUAUGACGCAUCGAAGGAGUUUGUGGACUCUCAAGGAAUCACUCAGGUGCAACUGGUGCCGCGGCGCAGCAUCGUGCUCGACUCUUCCGCGCGCUCGCACACAAUCAACGAACUGUCCCCGUUCACCACUUACAACGUCAAUUUGAGCGCGAUUCCCGCCGACGGUGCGUACCGGCCGCCGAUCAGAAUAACAGUGACCACCCAAAUGGCCGCCCCGCAGCCAAUGGUGAAGCCAGAUUUUUACGGCGUUGUCAGUGGAGAGGAAAUUCAAGUCAUUCUUCCCCAGGCGUCCGAAGAGUACGGACCCAUUAGCCAUUACUACUUGAUCGUGGUGCCCGACGAUCACGACAAUGCCCAUAAACACCCUGACCAGUUUCUCACAGAUGAGGUGAUAUCAAAUUCAAGAAAGCCAAGCGAGUUCAAGCCGUACGCUCCUUACGUGGCGGCCAAAUUUCCCCAGAGAAACAUUCCCUACACGUUCCACCUCGGAAAUGGCGCCGCUUAUGAUGGAUUUGUGAACAAACCUCUGGAACGGGGCAAGAAGUACCGAAUUUUCGUCAGAGCCGUGGUUGACACGCCGCAAAAGCACUUGUACACGUCGAGCCCAUUUUCUGAGCCACUCGCCCUGGACAUGCGGGAGGUGCCGCCCGGAGAACCACCAAGGAGACCCAACCCCAACGUGCCGGCAGAGACGUCCGCAGACGUGUCUGUCAACAGGAGUUUGGAGGAAGCUGGACUGCUAUGGAUCAUCGGCCCUGUCGUCGCUGCUGCUUUUCUUUCGCUCUGUCUCUUAUCACUCUUGCUAAUGAGAAGCAGACGGAGACAGCCGUGCAAGCAGCAAGACCAGUCAGCGGCCAGUCGGCCUCUGAUGGCCAACAACUCGGACCACAACUCGGCGCCGGUCUCUUGCAACGCGAACGGCGCCCGGGAGGCUCAAAGCAACGGCCAGCAGCCGUGUCCACCAACCCCCAACGAUCCUGUCCAGCUCAGAAGACUGCACUUCAAAACGGCCGCCAUGGUGGCCCAUCCGCCGGUGCCCAUGGCCCAACUCGCCCAACAUAUCGAAAGUCUUCGCUCGGAUGACAAUUUGCGAUUUUCGCAGGAAUACGAGAGCAUCGAGCCCGGUCAGCAGUUCACGUGGGACCACUCGAGUUUAGAAGUGAACAAGCCCAAGAACCGAUAUGCUAAUGUGAUCGCGUACGACCACUCGCGGGUCGUGCUGCAACUCGAGAACGGCGAGCAGGGCAGCGACUACAUCAAUGCAAAUUUCUGCGACGGAUAUCGGAAACACAACGCCUACGUUGCCACUCAGGGGCCACUUCACGACACUUUUGGCGAUUUCUGGCGCUUGGUUUGGGAGCAGAAAACCGCGAGCAUCGUCAUGAUGACGCGACUGGAGGAGAGAGCGAGAAUCAAAUGCGACCAGUAUUGGCCUACCAGAAGCACUGAAACUUACGGUCCAGUCACAGUGAACACAAUUGACGUCCAAGAAUUGGCUACUUACUGCAUUCGCACAUUCCACGUAACUAGGGCUGGUAGCACAGAAACGAGAGAAGUGCGCCAAUUCCAAUUCACCGCCUGGCCCGACCACGGCGUUCCCGAGCAUCCCGCUCCAUUCCUUAUGUUUUUACGCAGAAUCAAAAGUUUGAACCCUACUGGCGCAGGGCCUAUCAUAGUACACUGCAGCGCUGGCGUGGGCAGAACUGGUUGUUUUAUCGUGAUCGACUCAAUGCUAGAGAGAAUGAAGACUGAAGCCACAAUCGACAUUUACGGCCACGUCACCUGCCUGAGGGCGCAGCGCAACUACAUGGUGCAGACUGAGGAGCAGUACAUUUUUAUCCACGAGGCACUACUCGAGGCUGCCCAGUGCGGCUCGACUGAAAUCACGGCCCGAAACUUGCACCCACACUUAGCCACAAUUAGUCAACUCUUGCCAGGAGAUAAUCUGACCAAAUUGCAGCUGGAAUUCAAAGCCCUGAGUCAGUCGUCUUUUUGCGCCAACUCGGAGCGAUUUUCCUCAGCCAGUUUGCCGAUUAACGCCUGUAAAAACCGACUGAUGCACGUUCUGCCGCUUGAAAACUCGAGGGUGUGUUUGUCCCCCGUGAGAGGGGUGGACGGCUCGGACUACAUCAACGCCAGUCUGGUCGACGGCUACCGCUACAGGGCUGCCUACAUCGCCACUCAGGGGCCCCUGCCCAACACGGCGGCCGACCUGUGGCGGAUGCUCUGGGAGUACAACUCGACCAUCGUUGUCAUGCUCACCAAACUCAAAGAAAUGGGCCGAGAAAAGUGUCAUCAGUAUUGGCCAAGCGACAGGUCGGUUCGUUACCUGAAUUUUGUGGUCGACCCCCUGGCAGAGUACAACAUGCCCCAGUACAUUCUCAGAGAAUUUAAGGUCACGGAUUCGAGAGAUGGACAAUCACGCACAGUCAGACAAUUCCAGUUCAUCGAGUGGCCUGAGCAGGGAGUGCCCAAGUCCGGCGAGGGCUUCAUUGAAUUCAUAGGCCAAGUGCACAAAACCAAAGAGCAGUUCGGACAGGAAGGGCCUAUCACAGUUCACUGCAGCGGGGGUGUUGGAAGGACUGGAGUUUUCAUCGCCCUCAGCAUAGUUUUGGAAAGAAUGCAAUACGAAGGAGUCGUCGACCUUCUACAGACUGUCAGAAUUUUGCGCACACAAAGACCAGCAAUGGUUCAAACUGAGGAGCAAUAUGAAUUCUGCUAUCGGGCUGCCCUCGAGUAUUUAGGUUCUUUCGACCAUUAUGCGGCUUGACAAGAUCUGGCUGAGAGAAGGUUGUGGUAAAAUCUGAAUAAAAAUUAUAUCAUCCAACAUCAAAUAAUGGGCCACGUUGGCUCGUAUUUUAAAGAGAUGUGAUAAUAGUUAAGAGAGAAAUGCAAUUAUAUAUAAAAAGCUGUACAUAGAACUGAGGAGUGAGAAUGAUUUGAAUUUUGUGUCUUUGAGGAAACUGAGGGAUGUUCUUGGGCAGAUGUGUACAAUUUAGGAAGAUAAAAAUUAAAUUGAUCAGUGGGUAAAAUGUCUACAACUGAAUUAAUAACUUUUCUAUCUAUGGCUGCGUUUUCAUUGCCAGUUUGAUGUUCGGGAGUAAAAUAAAAAUAUCACUUGCAAAAAUUCAAAUGUCUGAAUGUGAUUUAGGAUGGGAACUACCAGUGUCAGUCCGUAAAUAUCAUAUAUGGUGUAAAGCA